AUGGACUUCGCCACCGCGGCUUCCAUCCCCGUGGUCCUCAUCACGGUCUACCAUGCCCUGGUGGAUCUUGCCCGUAUCCAACGCGGGAAAAGGGCGCUCAUCCACUCCGGCACCGGUGGUGUUGGCCAAGCAGCGGUCAUGCUGGCGCAGUGGAUCGGGGCAGACAUCUUCGUAACCGUUGGAUCGGAGCAAAAACGCGAUUUUUUAAUGGAAGAAUACGAUAUUCCCUCGUCGCGUAUAUUCAGUAGCCGCAAUGCAUCCUUUGCCGGUCAUGUCAUGGCGGCGACCAAGGGGGAGGGGGUGGAUGUGGUGAUCAACUCGCUGGCAGGAGAUCUGCUCCGCGAAACAUGGCGCUGCAUCGGGAUGUUCGGGCGACUCAUUGAAAACGGCAAGCGAGAUUUCGAGCAGGGUCACUCGGUAGAGAUGAGGCCAUUCGAGCGGAGUGCAAUGUUCGCGUCGCUGGAUCUAAUCACGCUGGGCGAACAGAGAGGGGCAGAGGUGCAACGAAUCUUCAGGGUAAUUAAUGAAUUGAUGGAGAAGGGGAAUAUCAGACCGGUGAGGCCAAUCACUCAGUUCGGGAUAGGAGAAAUUGAGAAGGCAUUCCGAACGAUGCAGACAGGGCAGCAUGUGGGGAAGAUUGUGGUGGAGGCGAAGGAGGAGGAUGAAGCCCAACUGUCACGUGAGGAGACUUAUCUUAUCGUGGGCGGUGUGGGAGGCAUUGGGCAGAAUCUGGCGGAGCGGCUGGUGCUCGAAGGCGGAGCCCGCCAUCUGCUGCUUCUCUCGCGCACUGCUUCAUCUUCCCUUAACGCUUCUUGGCUGGCGAAUCUCCGCGUUAUCGGUGCCACCAUCACUCUAGAGGACUGUGAUGUCUCUGGCUCAAGUCAGCUGCAUACUGUUCUACAGAAAUAUGAUGCCUCACUGUUGCCUCCUAUCCGUGGAGUCAUCCAUGCCGCUAUGGUGCUCAAGGACGUGAUCUUUGAUUCCAUGACCCAUUCGGACUACCUGGCAGCCUUGCGUCCCAAGGUCCAAGGCACAUGGAACCUGCACACUCUUCUGCCUGCCGACCUUCGCUUCUUCAUUCUUCUGUCCUCUAUUAGUGGAUUUGGUGGCAACGCGGGCCAAGCCAAAUAUGCCGCCGGGGGGUGUUUCCAGGAUUCUCUGGCUCGUCAUCACGCAAGUCAGGGGCUCCCCGCCGUGUCCAUCGAUCUAGGAAUGGUCUCGUCUGUUGGGGUCGUUGCAGAGACUCAACAUUUUGCCUCUCACCUCGAGAAACUCGGAUUCCGCCCGAUGUCGGAACACGAGCUGUGGGCCUUGGUCGAGUCUGCCAUUCGCCAUCCCAUCCGGACCCCAGAAACCUGUCAAAUUAUCACCGGUCUUCCCGGGGCAUUCGUGCGGUCGGAUAAAGCCGUUUGCUGGAAUCGUGAUGCCAGGUUUGCGUUUCUCGAGCAGACAGGUGGCUCUUCUUCCGGUCCGAUGUCCUGGGCCACCCCAGGAUCGAGUUUGAGGGUUCAAUUGUCCACCGCAACAAUAUGUGAAGCAACGCGCGCGAUCCGAAACGCCCUAGUCACGAAAGUCGCCGAAAUGUUCAGUCGUAACCCGGAAGAUAUCGACCCAUCCUUGCCUCUUGCGCAAUUGGGAGUCGACUUCUUGGUGGCCGUGGAGCUGCGCAACUGGUCGAUCGUAACGAUGCAGGCGGAUUGCUCCGUCUUCGAUCUCUUGCAAGCGGUCUCGAUAACCAAGCUUGCCGGGAAGAUGGCGGAGAAGAGUCAAUAUGUGCCAAAGUAA